GGGCAAGCGUCCGUCGCCACCAUCGCCAUCGUCAUCGCCAUCGUCGUCGCUCUCACAGCAGGGAAGCAAGCCAGCCAGCGCUCCGUUGCAUCAUGACGACUAUUCGAAACCUCGCCAGUGACUUCAAGAACCUCGGCAACCUGCUCAGCCGAGAGAGCAACAUCCCUCGCCUCAUGAAGGACCAGCGCGACAUUCUCAAGAGCCUCGAAUCCAUGUCCAAGGAGAACCUCGAUGCCUGCACGACCCUGAGCGGAUGGGGAAGCAACGAAUUCGAUGAUCUGAAGAACAUUACCGCUGUACUCGCCCACGUUCAGGGCACACUUUCCUCUGCUCUUGGGGAAUGGGUUGCGGGUACCAACGAAUUCUACGCCAGAUUGAGUCAGAUCCGGGACAAGGAGAACGAACUUACUGAGCUCAAGAAGCGCUUGGACAGCGCCAGCAAUGGCUUGGAGUUGGCCAGGAAGAAGAACCGCCCGACGGACGGUCUGGAGCGAACCGUCGAAGAGCUGACCAGAAACCGCAACAUCGCCGAAGCAGAGCUCGUCGGGUUCAAGCGGCUUUGCCUCAAAGCUGGGCUGCUUGCUCAGUUCAGCGGAAUCAAAUCCUUUUGCGACCAGGCCCUCUUGGUAUCGACUUUUGGGACAUACUUGGCUCAGCAAAUCCCUCAGGGCAGUCCCGAGCCCGGCUUCAGGCUGCCAGAGUUCACAGGCUACGCUACCACAGAGAGAAUCAAAAGCGACUUUAAUGCGUCGUUGGGUCUCCUCACAGGGCAAUCCAAGCCAAGUUCGGUCAGCCAUGAUGUCGUGAGCGACAAGCCCCGACCCGCUUCGCCAGUAAGAACGGAGGCCUCGCGGGCAAAUCCUCGGGCAAACGAAUCGGCCGGAGCUAGCGUGGACACGAGCGGCACCAGCAACAUCGAGGAAACUAGUGCAGGCGGGCACUAUACCGCCUCCAUUGUGGAGCCCGACCAGAUAUCCAACGCCACAUUAGUGAAUAGCCUCCCGCCCGUGGAUAGUCCAAGCACAACGUUGACCCAGCCCGUUGCAGUUUCAAAGCGGCAAGAGACAGCCUCGAAAAAGCCCCUGGAUCUCAGCCCGGGCUCCGAAAAUGCGGCUCGGACGUCUUUCCUGGGCAAAGUGGGCAUAUUCGUUGCGUGGACUGCCUACAGUGCCGAACAAACCGACGAGCUGAGCCUCCUGAUCGGAGAUAUCAUAUCGGUCGAGUAAGUGACACCAUUUGCGAUGGUAUUGGGGCGGUUGGGCCUCGUCGGAUGUGAAGGCCACUGGCUCUCGUCUACCGUCUGUGUAGCAGCCUCGAUACAA